CUAUAAGAGACCCGCCCGCGGCGUCAUCAUCGUCAGCCUUGCAUUGGUACAAGAUUCAUCUCGUGUUCAGUCAGCACAGUGGAAACAACCAUCACCAUGCCUUACACAGUACCUGAGCCGUAUUGCUGGGACAAGAGCUUCAUGACUUUCUACGACCAGAUCGACAACGAGCACAAGGGACUUUUCCAGGGUCUUUUCGAUGUUGGCGUGUACCCUGGCAGCGUUGAGACUCUGAGGAAGUGCAAUGAGCUGAUGGCUGCCCACUUCGCCUACGAACAGUCGAUGAUGCUGAAGGCUAGCUACCCAGAGUACGCCCACCACAAGGCUGCUCACGAUGGCUUCCUGACUACUCUCGGCAAGUUGGAAUGCCCGGUCAACGCAUCCGACGUCGACUACGCCAAGGACUGGUUGGUGCAGCACAUCAAGACCGUUGACUUCCCAUACAGAGGCAAGCUGUAAAGAGUAACUCGCGAUUGUGUAGUACUGUCCAUCAGCCUUUAACGAUUUCAGAACAUUCGCAUCUGGCAGUGCCAUAC